AUGGCAUCAGUGGAUUCAAUAUCAUCGAACACCUGGUGUCUCAACCCAAGGAGGAAUGGUGCGUCAGCUUCAAGUGUUGUUUCUUCCGUAUUGACACCUCCCAGGAGCAAGAUCGUUGUGACUUCCAGGAGACCACUCCCCAACGCAUGGAUCGACCCCCGCGUCAGAUUUGUGGCUGUGGACUUCCUUGAACCCGUUGAGAAGAUCAAUGCUUCAUUAGCAGAUAUCUGCAGUGAUGUCACCCAUGCCUUUUUCACUUCAUACGUUCAUAGCGAUGAUUUCCGUCUUUUGCGCGACAAAAACGUCCCUCUCUUUCGCAACUUUAUGGACUCGGUCGAUGCCGUGUGUCCCAAGCUCCAGCGCGUAUGCCUCCAGACUGGCGGCAAAUACUAUGGCGUUCACCUAGGGCCGGUGAAAGUUCCACUGGAGGAGUCUUUCCCUCGCUACGAUGAUAAGGGAUUCAACUUCUAUUACAACCAGGAAGAUUACCUACGAGAGGUCCAGGCUCGCCGAAACGCCUGGACUUGGAAUGUCAUCCGACCAAAUGCAAUCAAUGGUUUCGCUCCUCAUGCAAACGGCAUGUCGGAAGUCCUAACCAUCGCCAUAUACAUGCUCAUCUGCCGUGAGAUGGGCGAACCUGCACACUUCCCCGGAAAUGAGUACUUCUGGACGUCCAUUGACGAUAACUCCUACGCGCCCAGUCUCGCAGAUCUCUCUGUUUGGGCUGCCUCACAUGAGCACUGCCAGGAUGAAGCAUUCAACCAUGUGAACGGAGAUGUGUUCGUGUGGAAGUAUAUCUGGCAAGACUUUGCGGCGUACUUUGGCCUCGAUGUGCCCGAGCCGACGUUCCAGAAAGCAUCAGGCCAGGCCGAUACUCUGGCCAAUGAGAUCGAUAUGGUGGAGUGGGCUAAGGACAAACGUCACAUCUGGGAGCGGGUUGUUGCCAAGUACGGUGGUAAGGCUGAUGCUUUUGACUGGGGGACGUGGGGAUUUUUCAAUUGGGCUACAGGAAAGUCUUGGUUGACGAUCUCUUCCAUCAACAAAGCAAGAGAUUUUGGUUGGACCCGUCACGAUGGGACACUCCAGACUUGGAUUGACACAUAUCGAUCCUUCGAAAAUGCCGGGGUGAUGCCCUCCCUUGAUCUCCUGAAUAAAGAGUAA